CAGAGCUGUGGAGUCAGGAGAGAACUCGGAAGCCAACGCUGCAGGUGACUCAGGUGCCUGAGGGAGUUUCAGGAGCAGAGGCCAGCCAACCCAGAACUGAUUCUGGAGGAAGUGGGAUCAGAAGCCAGAGGCAGAAGGUGGAAGGGGGCUUCACAAGUCGUCUGCCCUCAGCCACAGCCAGGAACCCAGGCAGCCUGGGACUAUUUGAUCCACUUGUUCCAAAACACAGCCAGCAGGUCCAUGAGCAGCAGGCCACUGCCUCCUGGAUGCCAGGAGGAGGAGAAUGCCAAAGACUCCGGGCCGAAACUCUCACUGGUGCGGCCCAGAGGCCGCCUGCCCAGCAUUGAUGAGGCUCGACCAGCAGGUCCAGGUCCGGGACCGGCCUCACGCCGGGGCUCCAUGCUCAGUCUGGUUGCGUCCUUCUCCCGCCGGAACUCCCUGGCCGGGCCAGGUGCGGGUCCCGGGGGUCGGCGGCCAUCCCUGGGCCCCGUGCCCCCUCAGGGCUCCCGUGUCAGCUUCUCGGGGUUGCCCCAGGUGCCCGCCCGUCGGGUGGCGCCCUCCUACCGCACGGAGCCGGUGCCGGGAGAGCGCUGGGAGGCCGUGCGCGCACAGCGAGCUCUGGAGGCGGCGUUGGCCGCAGGGCUGCGCGACGCGCGCUACUCAGGCACCGAGGCCGGGCGUCUGGCGCAGGAGCUCUGCAAGCAGGUGCACGUGCGCCUGCGCGAGCUCAGCCCCCAGCGCUACAAGCUGGUGUGCAGCGUGGUGCUGGGGCCGCGCGAGGGGCAGGGCGUGCUUGUAGUUAGCCGCGCACUCUGGGACGAGGCGCGCGACGGGCUGGCCUCGGCCUCCUACACCAACGCCUCACUCUUCGCCGUGGCCACAGUCCACAGUCUCUACUGCGAGUGAGGGAGACUCCAAUUCUGCAAAAUGGUUUAUUAUCCUAGGAGGAGGCCCUCCUGGGGCUCACAUCCGAAUAAAUAAGUGUCUGACAAUAAA